CCCUGAGGUCCCCGGCCCUCGCGACUGCGGCGGCGGCGGCGGAGCAGCGCUGAGGAAAACGGGGCCGGGCGGAAGAAGUCGUGCCCGAGGCGUUUCCGGUUCCGGUGUCAGUUCGAGGCGCCGCCGCAGCCGCCGCAGCCGCUUGAGCCGCGAUGCCUAAAGGAGGGAGAAAGGGAGGCCACAAAGGCCGGGCAAGGCAGUACACAAGCCCUGAGGAGAUCGACGCACAGCUCCAGGCUGAGAAGCAGAAGGCCAGGGAAGAAGAGGAACAAGGAGAAGAAGGUGGAGAUGGGGCUGCAGGUGACCCCAAAAAGGAGAAGAAAUCCCUAGACUCAGAUGAGAGUGAAGAUGAAGAAGACGACUACCAGCAAAAGCGCAAAGGCGUGGAGGGGCUCAUCGACAUCGAGAACCCUAACCGGGUGGCACAGACAACCAAAAAGGUCACGCAGCUGGACCUGGAUGGGCCCAAAGAGCUUUCAAGGAGAGAACGAGAAGAAAUUGAGAAGCAGAAAGCAAAAGAACGUUACAUGAAAAUGCAUUUAGCUGGGAAGACAGAGCAAGCCAAAGCUGACCUUGCCCGGCUGGCGAUCAUCCGGAAACAGCGGGAAGAGGCUGCCAGGAAGAAAGAAGAAGAGAGGAAAGCAAAGGAUGAUGCGACUUUGUCGGGAAAACGGAUGCAGUCGCUGUCCCUGAAUAAGUAGCACGGCCCGCGGGAGGAGGCACCCGGGGUCCGGCCACGCCGCCAGGCCCUCUGCCGAGUCUCGCCUGCCCCGUCCUGGCACCGCCGCAGCAGCCCCUCACGGCAAGGAGCCCCCGCAGCCUGGGGCCUCCUAUUCAUCUUGGCACAGAAGUCGUUUGGGGGGAUGGUGGGGAGGGCUACGGGGAGGGGGCGGCUGCUAUCUUUGAGACAGAAAGAUGCGGGACAGCAUUUCAUAUGUAACCAUUCGAAUGUUUUUGCUGUUUUUAGAAUUCAGAACUCUUGUUGGGGGUGCCUGGGAGGUGGGGUAAGAAGAGCUUCCAUUUGUCCCGUAGGUUGCAGGGUAGGGGCUGAUUGUGGGCGGGGGGAGGGGGGCAACUGCUGACAAGUUUGCAACAACCAGCCCUGGUCUGUGUUGCCUGGGUGCUCACUUAGAGGGGCUAUUGUCUGGGAGCCCGUGCCCCCUGGGUCCCUGAGGGUCACGGCUCAUCCGUAGCCAGUCCCCUCUGUCCUUCCCCGCCCUAUCCCCUCCCUUCUGGCCAGUGCUAGGGCCCAUUCUUAAUCCUCCCCAUUGAUCAUUUCAAGAAACCUCUGUUUACUGUGCAGCACCCAGGCAAAACAUACUCCACAAGUCCAACUUGUAUAUUUGGCAGAUUAAACUUGACAUUAUCGUAA